GGCUCGUCCUCUUUGCUCAGCUUGCUAGUCCGGCGUCCCUCGCACCACGGUUCCUGCAAAGUCUACGGUUGUUGUGGCUGGGGCUCGGACGAAAGUCGAGUCCCUGGAUCCCCGAGAGCAGUAGUGCUGGGAGGCCUGGACUGCCCGACCGCAGGCGUCCUCCCAGCUACCAAUGCUUGUUUGCUACUAAUGGGUGUAAGCAAGUUAGAUGUUCUUUAUCGGAGACUUCUCCUUACAAAACUUUUUAUCAGAGGAUGGGGAAGACCAGAAGAUCUCAAAAGACUCUUUGAAUUCAGAAAGGUGAUUGGAAAUCGAGAAAGAUGCCAGAAUCUGGUUUCAAAGGAUUAUCCAGUAUAUAUCGAUAAGAUUGAAGAGCAGUCAGACUGUAAGAUUCUAGAUGGACACUUUGUUUCCCCCAUGGCCCAUUAUGUGCCUGAUAUCAUGCCAGUUGAAUCUGUUAUUGCAAGGUUCCAAUUUAUUGUGCCUAAAGAAUGGAAUGGCAAAUACAGACCUGUCUGCAUUCAUCUUGCUGGAACAGGAGACCAUUAUUACUGGAGGAGACGAACACUAAUGGCCCGUCCUAUGAUUAAAGAAGCCCGAAUGGCUUCUUUAUUGUUAGAAAACCCUUAUUAUGGCUGCAGGAAACCUAAGGAUCAAAUAAGGUCCAGCUUAAAAAACGUGUCUGACCUUUUUGUGAUGGGAGGAGCUCUUGUUUUAGAAUCUGCAGCUCUCUUGCACUGGCUAGAGAGGGAGGGUUAUGGACCUCUAGGAAUGACCGGAAUAUCCAUGGGAGGACACAUGGCUUCCUUAGCAGUAUCCAACUGGCCUAAGCCGAUGCCAUUGAUUCCAUGUCUGUCCUGGUCCACAGCAUCUGGGGUCUUCACUACGGGUGUAUUGAGUAAAUCAAUUAAUUGGAGGGAGCUGGAAAAACAGUAUUAUAACCAGACAGUUUAUGAAGAAGAAAUUAUUCACAUGCUUGAAUACUGUGGAACAGAUUCUUUCAAAAUGGGACAAGAGUUUGUGAAACACUUCCCUACCAAUGCAGACAAGCUAACUAACCUUAACCUGGUUUCUAGAACUUUAAAUUUAGAUGUAACAGACCCAGUUGUAUCCCAAAAACCUGCUGAGUGCCAUAAUUCUAGUAAAACAUCUAUCAGUGGCACAUCAGAAAGACUCUUAUUGCAAGAUGCCUCUAAGAUGGAGUACUUCAAUCAAAAACUUUCAACCAACAAAAGUAGUUAUACAAGUUCCAACCCUCAGUCACACCACCUACUCAGUAAAGAACAAAGAAGAAAUAAUCUUCAGAAAGAAUCUUUAAUAUUUAUGAAAGGAGUCAUGGAUGAAUGUACUCAUGUAGCAAAUUUCUCAGUUCCAGUUGACCCAAGCCUCAUUAUAGUGGUUCAAGCCAAAGAAGAUGCCUAUAUUCCACGAACAGGAGUUCGAAGUCUUCAAGAAAUUUGGCCUGGUUGUGAAAUCCGAUAUCUAGAAGGGGGUCAUAUUAGUGCUUAUCUUUUUAAGCAAGGACUGUUCAGACAAGCCAUCUAUGAUGCAUUUGAACGCUUCCUCCUUAAGUAUGCUAACUAAUUGGAUCAUGUCACGUAAACAGUACAGCCAUCAUGUUUAUAACAAAAGGAAUUUUCAUCCUAUAAUGAUGUGAAGAACAAGCAGACAGCAAUAUAUAUCUAAUUGCUUAUCAAUUUAGUUUGGAAUUCAGUGUUACAGAUCCAUCAGCUAUAAACUUUGAAUACAUUUGAAUAAUUUUAAAACCAUACUUGAAUUAAAUAAUGCUAAAUAUUUUUAUUAUUGUUUGUUGGAAUCCCAUAUACUAAAUUUCUAGUCUGU